GAAUUUGAUGAAUCCUCACCAAAACGUCCAACAAAUCCCUAUGCCUCCUCUAAAGCAGCUGCAGAGUGUUUUGUUCAGUCUUACUGGGAAAGGUACCAAUUCCCAGUUGUUAUCACACGGAGCAGUAAUGUUUAUGGACCACACCAGUAUCCAGAAAAAGUUAUUCCAAAGUUUAUAUCUUUAUUGCAACAGAACAGAAAAUGCUGUAUUCAUGGUUCUGGACUUCAAAGAAGGAAUUUCCUUUAUGCAACUGAUGUAGUAGAAGCAUUCCUUACUGUCCUGAAGGAGGGCAAACCAGGUGAAAUUUAUAACAUUGGAACCAACUUUGAGAUGUCCAUUGCCCAGCUUGCUAAGGAGUUGAUCUGCUUAAUAAAGAAGACCAGUUCAGAAUCUGAAAUGGAGCACUGGAUGGAUUAUGUCAAAGACAGACCUACCAAUGACCUGAGAUACCCAAUGAAUUCAGAAAAAAUGCAUAACUUAGGAUGGAGACCUAAAGUGCCUUGGAAAGAAGGAAUAAAGAAAACAAUUGAAUGGUACAAAGAAAACUUUCACAACUGGAAAAACGCAGAGAAAGCUUUGGAGCCCUUUCCUGUGACAGAGCCAUUUGCACAGCUUGGUGGUCCAUAGGGAGGCGGAGAACCUGAAGGAGUUUAUUCUACCUCAUACAGUCUUCUCUUCGAAGCCUGCAGUCAAGUGGCCACACUGAACUCUUAAUGUAUUCAAGAUACACAAACCACGAUGAAUACGGAACU